AUGGCCUCAAGGUCUACCCCAUCCUCGGCACGCUGCCGCACUUCGUCAAGAACCAGGGCCGCCUUCAACGACGCGCAGAACACCAUCAUGGCCCGGUUCAUGUCGCCUGCCAAGUGGCUGUGGCGCGUCAAGAGGCUACUCGACAUGGAGCCGGAGAGGCGGAUGCGCUCAGCGCUCGCCACGAUCCACGGCUACGCCGACAAGAUCGUCCGUGAGCGCAAGGAGAGAGGGGAGGCUGGGCUGGUCAGCAGGGACGACUUCCUGUCGCGCUUCGCCGCGGCCGGCGAGCACAGCGACGAGAGCCUCCGCGACGUGGUCACCAACUUCAUCCUCGCCGGCCGCGACACGACCUCGUCCGCGCUGACCUGGUUCUUCUGGUUAGUGUCCACGCGGCCCGACGUGGAGGAGAAGAUCACGCGCGAGAUCCGCGCGGUGCGUGCGUCGGGCGACGGCGCGUCGUCGACUCUCAGCUUCGACGAGCUACGCGAGAUGCACUACCUCCACGCGGCCAUCACGGAGUCGAUGCGGCUGUACCCGCCGGUGGCCGCCGACACGCACAGCUGCAAGGAGGACGAUUUCCUCCCGGACGGCACGUUCGUCGGAAAAGGCUGGCUGAUGACAUACUGCGCGUUCGCCAUGGCGCGGCUGGAGGGCGUCUGGGGCAAGGACUGCGAGGAGUUCAGGCCGGAGCGUUGGCUCGACGAGGAGGGCGCGUUCCGGCCGGAGAGCCCGUUUAAGUACGCGGUCUUCCACGCGGGGCCGAGGAUGUGCCUCGGCAAGGAGAUGGCCUACAUACAGAUGAAGUCCAUCGUGGCGUGCGUGCUGGAGAGGUUCAGCCUCCGGUACGCCGGCGGCGAGGGGCAUCCCAAGCUCAUAAUGUCACUGACGCUGCGGAUGGGAGGCGGCCUGCCGAUGCAGGUGAAGAAUAGAACAGGGGAGACUAGCUAG